AUGGAGCAACCACCUGGUUUUGUUGCUCAGGGGGAGUUAGGUCGAGUUUGUAGACUUCGAAAAUCUUUAUAUGGCUUGAAGCAAAGUUCUCGAGCUUGGUUUGGCAGAUUCAGUGAAGUAGCUCAGGAGUUUAGCGUGAAGAAGAGUAAGUGUGAUCAUUCUGUGUUUUAUAGGCAUUCUGAGACUGGUAUAAUUCUGUUAGUAGUGUAUGUGGAUGAUAUUGUCAUCACUGGGAACGAUAUUGAAGGAAUCUUAUCUCUCAUGCAUUUUCUUCAAACCCAGUUUCAGACAAAGGACUUGGGGAUGUUCAAGUAUUUUUUGGGUAUUGAAGUUACAAGAUGCAAAAGAGGCAUCUUCGUAUCUCGAAGAAAAUAUGUGCUUGACUUAUUAGCAGAAACAGAAAAAUUAGGAGCUAAACCUUGCAGUGCACCAAUGGCGCCUAAUCUCCAACUUACAGCUAAUGAUAAUGAAUUGUUUGAAGAUCCAGAGAGGUAUAGGAGAUUAGUUGGCAAAUUGAACUAUCUUACAGUGACUCGGCCAGAUAUUGCAUAUUCCGUCAGUGUGUUAAGUCAGUUUAUGUCUUCUCCGACUGUUAUUCAUUGGGAAGCUUUGGGACAAAUUUUGUGUUAUCUGAAGGGAGCUCUAUGGCGUGGUAUCUUGUACAAGGACCAUGGACAUUCAAAUAUUGAAUGCUUUUCAGAUGCAGAUUGGGCAGGUUCAAUGGUUGAUAGGAGAUCGACUACAGGAUAUUGUGUUUUUGUUGGAGGUAACUUGGUGUCGUUGAGAAGUAAGAAGCAGAGUGUUGUCUCCUGUUCUAGUGCUGAAUCGGAAUAG